AUGGAAUUUGAAACCAACUACCACAUCAACGUCAACGGCAACGGUAACACUAAAAUAAACGGCAACGGUAAUACCAAGGACAGUGGCAUCGGCAACUGUAACAGCAACGAUAUCCACCACCGUCACACCAAUGGCCACCACCACAACAACGACCAUGCAGUAUACGAAGCCAACCAAGUCAUCGUCGCCACUGUCAAUCAACCGAAAUCCAUCAAAGCUCGCCUCCAAGCCGGCGAUUGCCUGUACGGCAUGUCGUUUCUUAGCUUCUGUCCGACCAUGGUGGAGAUAGCGGGAUGGUACCCUCCAAAUGGAGUUCGUGGAGUGGCAACACCAAUUGUGAGAGCCUCAAGGUUUGGAAUCGACGAGAGCUACGCAAAGAAGUACGAGAAAGACUUGUUGAUCUUGUGUCAGGUUGAGACCGCAGAGGCCGUAGAAAACGUAGAAGGGAUUGCAGCCGUUGAUGGGGUUGAUGGCAUUAUGGUUGGACCGUUGGAUCUGAGUGCAAGUGUUGGGUGCAUGCACGAUCCCAGAAAUGAAAAGGUGAAAGAGAUGAUGAGGAAGAUUGAGAGCACCGUCUUAGGAAUGAAGAGGAAAGAGGGCGGUGGGCCCUACUUGGCUGGCUUCGCUAUGCCAUUUGACGGUCCGGAUCAGUUCAGGAGCCGCGGCUACAAAUUGAUUCGUGGGGUCACUGAUGUUGGCUUGUUCAAGAACGCAUGUGUUGGUGACGUCAGCAAGUUCAACAUGAACAAGAAGAGGGUUGUUAAUGGUGAGUACUAA